CCUUCUUUUGGCCUCUCCUACUUACCGUUGCCAACGCCCUCUCAGUAGCCAGUAGUGCCCUACCACUCUUCCUUUUUCACUUCUUCAAUCCUUGCAAGCCAUGAAAUCUCCCACAACCUCAACUGAAGACCUAACUCUCUUUUUAAACUGACAAUUCUCUUUCUUUCCAGCAUUCUUGAUCUUUCUUCAGGAUCUUUGAUUUAACCAGUCGUAUUCUAUCUGCAUUUCUUGAAUUCGUUGUUAUCAACUGAAUUUGAUUCUUGAUUUUGAGCAAUUUCUUUGAACAUGGCGGCAUUGGCACCUGGAAUUCUACUGAAGCUUCUCAAUGGGAUGAAUACAGGGACAAAACCCACGAGUGAGCACCGGAGCUCGCUUCUCCAGGUGACUGAUAUAGUCCCAGCUGAUCUUGAUGAGAAAAAUCUCUUUCCCAAACACGGAUUCUACAUUAAAAUAUCUGAUUCUUCGCACUCAAUCUAUGUCAGUCUUCCUUCUGAGCAAGAUGACUUUGUCCUCAGCAACAAAAUGCAGCUAGGCCAGUUCAUUUAUGUCGAUAGAUUGGAGCCGGGAUCUCCGGUUCCAAUUGUUAAAGGAGCAAAGCCGCUUCCAGGGAGACACCCGUUGGUUGGCACACCAGAACCAUUAAUGGGUCUCCGAGAGAAAGGUGAACAAAAUCCCAACUUGAAGGCUUCAGGUCACAGGAGAGGAUCUUGGGGAACAGGGGAGAAUGGGGUUUCGUCUCCGAUGGUUUUGAAGCCAGUUCCUUUGGAUUUUGAUCAGUGUACGCCGGUGAAACAGAGGACAAGCUGUGGAAAACCAGCAUCUCCGUUGAUAAGAGGAAGAAUGGGCAAAGACGGAAGUGCAAGUGCGGCAAUUAGAUGUUCAUUUGGUGGUGGUCUGCUUGCUAAAAUGGUGGAUACUAAAGGAGAGAGUCCUGCAUUAUUAAGAAAAAGCUGCGCCGUAACUUCUGCAUCAAAGUUUCCAAGAAGCAAGAGCGUCUGUGAACGAGAGGCUAGAAUCCCAAGUAGUCCCUUCAACUCAUCUGAAAAUAAAAGUUCAACUCCACCGCCAAGUUUGAGGAAUGGAAAAGUGGUGGCUUCCCUCAAAAUGGGUGGAGAAUCACAGAACUCCUCCAACUCAAAGCCGGCCCCAGAGCCACAGUCUCAAUCCAUUAAAUCUGCUUCUGAUAAUAGCACAAGUCUACCUAUAAAUUUGCCUGGAAAGUUAAGCAUACUUGGCAAGGAAGCUGUGCAGCAGCGAGAAACAGCCCAAAAGAUAGCCCUCCAGGCCCUUAGAGACGCUUCAGCUACCGAAACUUUAGUUCGAUCUUUGAAGAUGUUUUCGAACUUAAGCAAAUCUGCUAGACCAGACGCUCCAGCAGCUUGUUUUGAUAAGUUUCUGGAAUUCCAUCACCAAAUUUUGCAAGCAAUUACAGAUAUGGUGUCCAUUCAAGCAGCUACUUCAGCUUCUGAAAUUGCUCAAAACCCAAAAGCUGAACAAAAAGAUAAAAAACCUGAGGAUGAGUUCCCCAUCUUACACGAAAUCGUACACAACUCUGUGGACCAAUCCAAGAACUCAGAAUUACAUUCAUCCAAAAGAAGAGCAGCUCUAUACAAAUCAAUUGCUGCAUUUCCUGAAAGAAGCGAACAGAAGACAACUUUGAGUAAACUCCAACGUUCAACUGCCAACCAAAAGGCCUCUUCAGAGAGAAAAGUUCCAUCAACUCCACUUGGAAAACUUCCCCUUGAGGCUGUUAGUGAGAAUGAUGAAAACAAGAUACCAGCAUUUUGCAGUUUAAGCAAUACAAUAAGAUUGGGAAAGGAGGUUGAGACUGAAGCUGGAAAUUGGUUUAUGGAGUUCAUAGAAAAAGCUUUAGAAAAUGGUAUAAAGAAAUCUAAAGGAGCUGCAGAUGAGGAUGCUAAGAAAGUUCCUCAAUCUCUUAUACUAAAAGUCAUUAACUGGGUGGAGGUAGAACAGUGUGAUAGCAACAAGCGGUCAGUUCAUCCCAAGGCAGCACAGAUAGCCAGAAAGCUGAGGAUUAAGAUGAAGAACCCUUGAAAAAAGAAAUACUUCUUACCAUGGAUUAUUGUUUGUAUUCCAAUUGUUUGGGAAUGAUGAUGCUGCUUUUAUUGUAGCUGA